GCUAGAGUGUUUCUACCGGGGAAAAAAUCACGGUCGACACUCGAGAAGACGCGUUUAGCGUCCUCGUACAUUUCCAUUGACCUGGGUUUGGGGAAGGAGGAGGAGAAGAAUGAAUUGAGGAGUAGGGGGGACGAUUUCUUCUCAUCAAUGACCAGACGAGCCCUCUUUUCAUUGUUACAAUCACAACCCACCCGGCCACUCUCCCGGCAAUCCUCCCUCCUCCCACAGUCUUCUUCUUCGCAUACCUUUCAUCCGUCGUCUUCUCUUCUUACCAAAUUCUCGCGCUCCUACUCUUUCCUCCGCCACCCCAACCACCGUCCUACUUCCUUUCCUCAACCCCUAACCUCACCAAUGGCCACCUCUGCUGCUGGAGACAGCUCCUCCGCUGUCGCUUUCCCUCUCUCUGCCUCCAAUGUCUUGAAGAUCAAUAAAGGAGACAUCACCAAGUGGUUCGUCGAUGCUUCCUCCGAUGCCAUUGUUAACCCAGCAAAUGAGAGAAUGCUUGGAGGUGGUGGUGCGGAUGGAGCUAUUCAUAGAGCUGCUGGACCAGAACUGCGUGAAGCUUGCUUUAAGGUCCCUGAAGUGAGUGCUGGUAUCCGCUGUCCAACAGGAGAAGCAAGGAUUACCCCAGGCUUCAGAUUGCCAGCAUCCCAUGUCAUUCACACUGUAGGCCCUAUCUAUGACACUAAUAACAACCCUAAAGCAUCUCUGACAAAUGCAUAUAGGAACAGCUUGAAUGUUGCCAGAGAUAAUAACAUCAAGUAUGUGGCAUUCCCAGCCGUAUCUUGUGGUGUUUACGGGUAUCCUUUUGAAGAAGCUGCUGAUGUGGCUAUAUCUACUAUCAAAGAAUUUGCAAAUGACUUCAAAGAGGUACAUUUUGUCUUGUUCUCGGAUGAAAUCUAUGCUGUUUGGGUCAAGAAGGCAAAGGAAUUGCUCCAAGAAUAAAAGUGUACAAAGAAGUGCAAGUUAGUUAGACGCCUCUUUGAAGUUCUUGCAUCCUAGUAGUAGUAGACGAUGACAGUCGAUGAAGCUGAUAUGCAUUGUGUGGGGUUGGAGGAUGUUCAAUCACUUCAGGCUUCAGGGGAUUGGGUGCAAUGGAGUUUUUUCUGAGUCUCUCUGUUCGUCAGUGACCUAUUUUAUGUAAACCCUAUUCUUCCAGUACAAGUUUCCAUGUUCGAUCAGUUAGGUUACUUUCCUUUUUGACAACAAUAAUCAAUAAGAGGCUAAGGCCGACUGAUGGCGUCCAACUCUCAAAAGUCAAAACACAGGCAUACAACAACGCAUUCAGUAAAGGAAAAAUACA